UUGAACUACAGAAAUUCUAACCUCAAUCAAACGUCACUGUUGUAUUCGCAAUUUUUGCCGUGAAAAUCAACAAAAACAAACAAGUCAUGGACGAAACGCCCAGCGUGGUUAUAGUAAGCUGCAGCAACACAAAACCGUCGUCAAUCAUAAAAUUGAUAACAAAAGAGAAAAAUUUAGACCCUGAUCCGGAGACAGGGUUAAUUAAACUACCAUGGACGCUGGAUACGAAAUACUACAACGUAACGAUUAAUUUGAUCGGGAUCGACGAAAUGUACAAACGAACAAAAGAGUUUAACGAAAAUGUGGAAGCCGUUAUAAUUCAUAUGGACAGUAAUAAGGAAUCAGGUUUGAUCGAUUUAAAUUUGUGGGAUGAACUUAUUAAAGAUAGCGAACCAGAAAUAAAAAUACUUAUAACGAAUUAUUGCACGAAUGAUACGAAAAUAUCUAAAACAAAUGCUUUGCGAUGGUGUUUAAAACAAGAUUUUGAGUUGAUUGAAUUGUACCCCACCAUUGACAAAAGUGAGCAGGAGGAGGAAAUAAUUAAGGAAAAAUUUGGUGUGGACCGCAUCAAAGAAGCCCUAGAAACCCAUGUGUGGCCUAACUUAAAACUAAAAAAAUCUGAUAAAGUCGUAACUAGAAACACCAAUAAAAAUGUAAAAGUUAUAACAAAUGAUGAAAUGUUGGAAUCCGAAGGUAUGGACGAUUUUUCCGACCUAUUCUCUCAAUUACACAUGAUGAAAGAUAGUUUUCAAUCCAUACCAGGAAAUCAACGGAAAAAAUGCGCCGAGGAGAUGGUUACAGCUUUUUGGAAAGCUAUUGGUGGGGAGGAAGAGGAAUUACUUGAUAUUUAAGUUCUAAAAAUUUAAAAAAUCCAUGUUAAACAGUAUAUUA